AUGGCUUUUUUGGCGCUCGUGCUCCCUAUCGUUCUAUUAAUCAUAUGGGCACAUGUCAAUGCUGCAAGGGGGGCCAUCCUCAAGAGCAUACAAAUGUCUGAGACCCGGCUUCUCCUUCCAAGAGAUUCAGACGCAAAGUACCUCGGAUGCUUCACAGUGAGGAAAUUGCGGUUUCCCCAGAUCAGUACUACUUGGGCCAUGGUACGACCUAAGGAUUGCCCUAUUAAUUUCCAGGGCGUGAUGACAUAUGGGGGUUCAUCCACUGGCAAGUUUUUCGGCAAUCUGGUAGGCACUGUACGCGGGGAGGAAGCCCGUUGA